AGGGAAAUACCAAGGAGCGCCAAAUCCCCUUUCCUUUCUUUCCCUUACCUCAGUUUCUAGAUUUCAAUUCUACACUUCACUGUAAACCCUAAAAUCUCGAAUCCAAUUAGAUUGAAAUUCGAAAAUGAAAGGUGGAACGGUUCAGAUUAAUUGGCACGAGAGCAAACCCGUUUUAACCCUAGAUUUUCAUCCUCUCUCCUCCACUCUCGCCACCGCCGGCGCUGAUUUCGACAUCAAGUUAUGGUCAGUUAAACCUUCUGGAUCACAAAAGAAGCUUCCAGUAGUUACUUACCUCAGUAGUCUCUCGUAUCAUAGUUCCGCUGUUAAUGUUAUUCGCUUCUCUUCUUCCGGGGAAUUGUUAGCUUCUGGUUCUGAUGGAGGUGAAUUGUUAAUAUGGAAGCUACAUUCAACGGAUACCGGCCAAACAUGGAAGGUUCUUAAGAUUUUACGAUCUCAUGUCAAGGACAUUAUGGACCUGGAGUGGUCUACUGAUGGUGGAUAUAUCAUAUCCGGAUCAGUUGAUAAUUCUUGCAUUAUAUGGGAUGUUAACAAAGGAACUAACCUUCAGACGUUGGAUACCCAUGCACACUAUGUUCAGGGGGUAGCAUGGGACCCUUUAGGGAAGUAUAUUGCUUCUCUUAGUUCUGACCGGACUUGCCGAAUUUACAUCAGUAAGCCCCAUAAAUCAAAGGGUGUUGAGAGAAUCAAUUACGCUUGCAAGCAUGUUAUUUCUAAGGCAGAACAGCCAUUAUUAAAGAAUUCCAAGUCGAAUAAAUAUCAUCUCUUCCAUGAUGAAACAUUGCCCUCUUUCUUUAGAAGAUUAGCUUGGUCUCCAGAUGGUUCAUUUCUACUUGUGCCUGCAGGUUCUUACAAAAUCGGUACAGCGUCUGAAUCUGUAAAUGCAGCUUACAUAUUUUCUAGAAAAGAUCUUUCUCGGCCUGCCAUACAGCUUCCGUGUGCAAGCAAAGCUGUUGUAGCUGUUCGAUUCUGUCCUGUAUUAUUUAAGCUUAAGGGAACAAAUUCAGAUGGGUUAUUUAAGCUCCCAUAUCGCGUUGUAUUUGCCGUGGCCACAUUGAAUUCAUUGUACAUUUAUGACACUGAGAGCACUUCUCCAAUAGCAAUAUUUGCUGGCCUUCACUAUGCUCCAGUAACAGAUAUUACCUGGUCACCUGAUGCCCAUUAUUUAGCAUUCUCCUCGCAAGAUGGUUUCUGCUCUAUGGUGGAGUUCGAAAAUGACGAACUUGGAUCACCUUACUGCUUAUCAAAAGAAAAUGUCUUGGAGGACAGUAAAAGCACCCUUCAGACAGCCAAUGAUGCUGUACUGCCAACUGGGAGUAUUGGUGCAGUUGUAGCAGAAAGCAUGAAAAUGGAAGUGGAAGAAAAGGUUGAUGACAUGGACAUAGAAGCAUCUGCGGAUAUUGGGGCAGUCACAUCAGAAAGCAGCAAAACUGUAAUACAAGAUAAGGCUGAUGACGUGAUCAUCAAAUCAACUGGGAAUGUUGACAAUAGGAAAAAUGAAGCAGAACAUAAAGCUGAUGAUAUGGUCAUUGAAGAAGUUACGGCAGAUAUUAGGAAAAAUGAAGCAGAGGAGAAGGCUGCUGACAUGAUCAUUGCGACAACUGGGACUGCAAAUAUUGGAGCAGCUCUAUUAGAUAAUAGAAAAACCGAAGACACAGAAAAUAAACUGCUUAGUGGUUUAGGCAGUAUUAAUUCUGGAGCCGAAGAGAAGGCGUCGAAACAACCAGCUAAUCCAGAUGGUAAACAAAGUGAAGCAGAAGAGAAGGCAGAUAAACCACAAUCAACUUCGGGCAGCAUAAAAUCUGAGGCAGCACAAAAGGUAGGGAAUCAAUCGUCCAGUUCAAAGAGCACACCCAUCUCAAAUAAGCCAGCCAGGAAGCGCAUUACACCUAUUGCAAUUGAUCCAUGAUUUUCAAUGCCAGAGAAGUUCCAUUAACGUCCGCCCGUGUACAUCUUUUUUGUGCGGCUAACAUUUCCAAAACAUCCCCCCUCUUGUUGUUCCCUGUUUUGGUUUACAUAUUCUGUAAUAUAGAUUACAUUAUAAUAUUUAUCAUCUUUAGAGUAAACAAUCUUCAUUUUGAAGAUUUCCUUUUGGACCUCUUGUUUUAGUCAUAGGUUUCCUACUUUCCUAGUUAGCCAACUGUCAUUGCCUUAUAUUGGCAAGACAGCACAAAAUAUCAUUUAUUCGUAUAUUUUAUUUAUGUUAUGACUUUUGUGAGGUUAA